AUGGAGCGCGGCUCGGGAUAUCAAGCCAUGCUGGCGAAGAUUGACAGGCUGCGGGAGCUGAAUGUUGGGUCCAUGAUCCCUCUGCCUCAGCUCGUUGUAGUUGGAGAUCAGUCGUCUGGAAAGAGCUCGGUUCUAGAAAGCCUGACUGGCUUCUCUUUCCCGCGUGGCACGGGCCUGUGCACCCGCUACGCGACGCAGAUCACCUGCUGCCGGGAUGCUCUCUCCAGCGUGGCCGUCUCCAUAAUCCCGCGUCCGGAUGCAGACGACGAGCUCAAGGCCAAGCUGCUGGCCUUUCGACGCGAGCUCACGGAGAUUUGUAAUGAUGAACUUACCAAAAUAUUCCAAGAUGCGAAUGCGGCGAUGGGCAUCCGCAUGGGUUCGGAAGAUUCCACUUCUGGGGCUGGCGCAUUUAGCGAGGACAUACUCAAGAUUGAGAUUUACGGGCCUGACCAGGAUCACCUCACCGUCAUUGACGUCCCUGGAAUAUUUCCUGUACCCACACCUGGUCUGACGACAGAGAUGGACAUUAAGCUUGUUGAGAACAUGGUCAAGCGUUAUAUGGACAACAGUCGAACGAUCAUUUUGGCCGUCAUGCCUUGCAAUGUGGACAUUGCCACCCAAGAGAUCCCCAAGCUUGCUAAGGCUGCCGACCCCGAGGGUAUCCGAACGAUGGGAGUUCUAACCAAACCUGAUCUCGCCCUGGAAAAAGCUACUCGAGGUGCGGUCCUGGACCUUAGGACACAGGCCGAAAAGGUUUUUUUCAGUAGCCCGGAAUGGGUCGGCGUUAUUGAGCGCUGUGGUGUGUAUUUUCUCAAGGAACGCCUUCGGCAUCUCCUCGUGAGGAUCUCAAAAGAAGAGUUCCCUAAUGUCAAAGCGGAUAUUGACCAACGCCUGCGUCGCGCUGAGACGGCCUUGGAAGGCAUGGGCCCUGCUCGAGCUGACCAUGGAGCCCAAAGGCUCUAUCUCGGCAGGAUCGCGACACGAUUCCAGGCCAUCACGACGUCUGCCUUAAGCGGACAUUAUGCCGGCAACGACAUCUUCAAAGAUAGCCCGAGGCUCAAGUUGAUAACGAGGAUCAUGAGACUUCACACAACGUUUUCUCACGUCUUUGCGCAAAGCUCCCACUUGCAGAAGUUCGAUGCUGCUUUGGACGAGGCUGAGGAGUUAGGCACUUGUGCGCUACCGUUCGAGAUUGAUCUCGAAGCGUACAGUGAACUGCAGGACAUCAUCGUCACCGAAGAGUACAAAUGCCCAGACCCCGUCGACAAACCUAUCAUAGACGAAAUCCGAGAGACCUAUCAGGCCAGCCGAGGCCCUGAGCUUGGAACGUUUGGCGGUACCGUCUUAUCCUCUGUAGCAAUCGUGCUGGUGCAUGACUACAUCAACGUCUUGCUUGAAACUCUUUGCCCCGAGGAAGAGGUGUGCUCGCAGCUCUGGCAGGGUUUCCUCGUGGAGCGUCUGGUGCAGCAAUAUCGACAGGCGAUGUCGCACGCGCGCUUCCUCCUCAGCAUCGAGAGAAAGCAGCCGGCGACAUUCAACCAUUACUUCAACCACAUCUUGCAAAAGAAGCGCAGUGAUCGCUUUACACGCGCAAUGGAGAAGUUGGCUAUCAAUUGCACCAACUACAAUGGCACCAACGACACAAGCUUGGAAUGCGUCCCGCUCCACCAGCUGCGCAACGGCGCAGAGACAAAGGACAACGAGGAACAAGUGUGCGAAGACGUGCUCGACACGUUCACCAGCUACUACAAGGUGGCGCGGAAGCGCUUUGUCGACGUCGUUUAUCAGCAGGCCAUCUGGCAUUACCUCUUGGCGGACCCAGAAGGUCCGCUCAAGGUGUUUGACGCGGACAUGGUGAUGCGGCUUACCGACGAGCAGUUAGAGGAGAUCGCGGGCGAGGGCGAAGAGUCGAAGCAGCGGCGCGCCUCUCUGUCCCGAGAGGUUGAGAGCCUCAAAGCUGCGCUUAGAGUCAUUCGGUCUUGA